AUGGCCAGGAAGUCAGCAUGGCUUGGUUCGGCUCCGGAUGUCCAAGGAGACACCCAUGAAGACUCUGGGUCAGUCGUCGGGUCGGCUCGAGCAGAGCAAGUCAUCGUCCGCUUCCUCGUCAUCGGGCCCUGCACACAAGUUGAAGCGAUGGCCCUACACACAGGUCAUAGCAGCGACCACCCACCUCCCGCUCUUGAUGGUGGAGGGAUUACAGGCCGGUCUUUUGUACUUGACGACGUCAACAUGGGUUCCUUGGUUGGGGUUGUACCCGACGACCCCAGCCCGAUCGUGGAAAGGAGGAUGAGGUGGUGGGGUCUGGUUGGCCGUGCUGCCAUAAAUGCAGUCAUGACAAUGAUAACGACCAAGAUGAUUGCCCUUAUUUCAAUUCUGGACAACAUAUAUGAUGUCUAUGGCACAUUGGAGGAGAGUCAACAACUCAUUAAGGCAAUUCAAAGUUUUGCUCGAGAUCGAUUGGUGGAAUGCUAUUUCUGGAUCCUGGCAAUAUACUUUGAACCCUAUUAUUCUCGUGCACGAGUGAUAACGACCAAGGUGAUUGCCCAUAUUUCAAUUUUGGACGACAUAUAUGAUGUCUAUAGCACAUUGGAGGAGAGUCAACGACUAACUGAGGCAAUUCAAAGGUGGGAUGCGAAGGUUGUUCAUCAAUUACCAGAGUAUAUGAAGGAUUAUUAUCUAAAGCUAAUCCACACCUUUGAAGAGUUUGAAGAUUUAUUGGCUUCCGGUGAAAAAUAUCGCAUAACCUAUCUGAAGGAAGCGAUGAAAGAUUUAUCUGAAGCUUAUUUUGAGGAAUCCAAAUGGAGAGAUCAACAUUACGUACCAACUUUGGAAGAACAUCUACAUGUUUCCCUCAUCAGUUCAGGAUAUCCUAUGCUCAAAUGUGCUUCUUUCGUUGGAAUGGGAGAAAUAGCAACUAAGGAGGCAUUUGAGUGGAUUACUAGUUUCCCAAAGAUUGUCCAAGCUUCUGCAAUAAUUGCUCGUAUCAUGAAUGACAUUACUUCACACGAGUUGGAACAAACUAGGGAACAUGUUGCCUCCACAGUCCAAUGCUACAUGAAAGAAUACGGAACAAAUGUGCAUGUGGCAUGUAAGAAGCUCCAAGUUCAAGUUGACGUUGCAUGGAAGGAUAUAAACGAAGAGUGCCUCAAUCAAACUGCAUUCCCUGUUGCUUUACUUGAAAGGAUUACUAAUUAUGCGCGAAUGGCAGAAAAUAUAUAUAAACACAUCGAUGGAAACACCAACUCCUCUACGAAGACGAAGGAAUAUAUCUCUUUGUUACUUGUACAUCCUAUUCCACUUUGA